GCAGGACUUGCAGACCCAAGCCAGCUCCGAGGAUUUUUCGGCCACGUAUUGGCAAACGGAAGAGUUGAACGAGUCCAGUGAGGAGCCGCCCCCGCAGCUGGAGAUGGAGGUCGAGGAGUGGGUUUUGGACGAGGAGGUACCGUUGCACGAAGCGUUGGCGCAGGAUCUGAAGCGACAAGGCCCUGCUGCCAUGCGUGCGUUCCGCACGGCUAUGAAAGAGGGGGUGCAGCCACUCCACUCGGUGAAGCUCUGUUUGGUGGGCCAUGCACGGGCUGGAAAGACCUCCACGUUGCGUUCUCUCUCCGGCAGGGACUUCAACCCGAAGCAGCAGAGCACCCAUGGCAUCUUGCCGGAUGUCGACCAUGUCGAGCUCUGGACCCCCGGGAAGCCAGGCUCCGAGAUCAACGGGGCGUGGCAAGAGCUGUCGGAAGGUCUGGGCUCUGUGGCGAAGCUCCUUGAGGAGAAGGUGGCCAUUACUGUGGCCGACACCAUGAAGGCCCAGGCCAGUCUGGCUGCGGAACUCCAGGAUGCUUCUCCGGCGACGAGCGUCAAGGGUAGGAGCACAGGCGACGCCUUGGCCGAGGACACGGUGCUGAUGAUCCAGCGCGCCAUCUCGGGGGAAGCAUUGGCAAAACGAGCCGAAGAGGUGGUGGUGCAGACGUGGGACUUUGCUGGCCAAGAGAUGUACUACAACAUGGCGCACGUGUUCCUGACAGCUCUGGGCAUCUACGUCUUGGUUCUGGACCUAUCGGCUUGGCUUCAUGCCACGCCGGUGGAGAAAGUCGAAUCGAUGGAUUUUUGGUUGGCCGCUUUACUGGUCCAUGCGAAAGACGCCUGGCUGGUCAUUGUCGGAAGUCAUGCUGAUGCCAUCGAAGAGUCCAUGCGCCAGGAAGUUUAUGACCGUUUGGCAUUUUUGACCUAUUCCAGGGAAGUUGAGUUUGCAAGGAAUCAAGAAGAUGGGCUGCUGUUCUUUCCUGUGGACAAUCAGCAAAAUACGCCGGAGAGCCUUCGAAGCAUCCAACAUCUUCGACGAGAGGUGAGCGCCUUGGCCUCGAAGGUGGCCCAGGAGCUGGGGACGAUCCCCACGCGCUGGGCGCAUUUCUUCCACCGCCUGGAAGGCCUCCAUGAGCCCUGCAUCGCCCUGGAUCGUUGCUGCGCCUUGGCGGCGGAGCUGGACAUGGAUGGCCAGCAGCUGGAGCUCUUCCUAGGACUUUUCCAUCGCUUGGGGCAGCUGCUAUAUUUCAAGGGAUCUCCCGCGGUGGUCUUGACACCCCAGUGGCUCCUAGAUGCGAUGGCACAGGUGAUGGCGUGCCCGGCGGUGUUGAAGACGGAUCCUUUUCGCUCCAAGGCUUUGCGACAGGAAGGACUUCUGCAGAAGGACCUUUUGGAGGUUCUGUGGAGAGAUCCCAAAUUUCAAGGGCAGCAGAGAGUUCUGCAAUCAUUCUUGGAACAUUUCGACUUGCUGAUCCCGAAGGGUGAGGAUGGUUGGCGGGUGCCCAGUUUGUUGCCAAGACGACCGGAGAAGAUGAUCCCUUUGGAUGCUCCAGUCUGUGUGCUGCUGGACUUCAAAGGAGCCUUCCGACGGCUCCUCAGCACGUUGAUCCCCAGGCUCCUGUGCCAAUUGGAAAAACGCCCU